CUACGCGAAGCGUGACGUAGGGUUGUCGAUCGCGUGUACGUUAGCUAGUCUGUGCUAUCAGUGAGGUGCGCGAAUUUUCCAGCACACUUUCGCAGCUUGCUUCGUGGCUCGCGCGGGAGACGCGACAGGAUCGGGCUGGAAGGACCUCCGUAGUACAGUUUGACGACGGUGGGUGCAGUCUGCGCCUGAAAGUAGACACCGUGUAGUUUGGGUUGAAAAGUGGUGCCUGUUGGAGCUCAAUCCUGCGGCAGGAAAAUUGAUGAGGCGAAAUUUUCCGGAAAAGCGUACAGAGGGAAAAAAUGUGAAAUGGGAAUAGGUUUGCUCAUUUUUUACCGUGGUGCAGCAAGGCUCGAAUACAAUUGUGGAAAGUUAUAAAAAUAACUGCACGUCCGAUUGAGAGGGGGUGCCUUUGAUCUGAUCAGAGAGGCACUGUUUUCGGAACCGGAAAAUGUGUAUGCCGAAGAGUCCUAAAUAUCCGGCUGGAAUCGAGUGAGAACAGUACCGAUUUUUUCGGUCUAGUGACAAGUGCAAUUCAUUCCUGUUAUGUUAUCGGUGCCACUUCGUGUGUAGUGCUUAUCCCUGGUGGUUGCUGUGGGCGGUAGAAGCCACCAAUAGUCGAUCCAGCCACGUGGUUCAGCUAUCACGUUCCGUUUGCCCGGUGGGUUGAUGAUUGUACCGGGGGUAAAGUGAAAUGGAAUAAUUGAAGCUACAGCAGAGUGAAAAAUAAACCGUAGCACGUUUGUUUGCGUAUGAGGGGUACACUGCAAUUAAAGCGUUAUCGUAAAAUAAGGGCAAGUUCCACAAAUAUUGAGAGUGUGAAAAACCAGUGUAAUUUAUUAACAUCACAUACAGAAUCUUCCUCUUUGCACUGGCUCUCGACUGUGAUUGUGCUUGUGGCGAAAGUGCACAUUGUAACCCCCGCUGGCAGCGAAGAGGAACCCGCUAGUGAUAAUUAUGUUGAUUGCGUAAAAAAGAGCUCGCCCCCAAAGCGGGCGUCGAAAGUGUGGGAAGACGUGCAGAGUUCGUGGGAAAUAAUAUUUAUCGAAGGCUUACACCUGGUGAAUUAAUAAUUGCGUUUUAAUUAACAAUAUUGUGAAUUAUUUUUCCAGAUUUAACAAUUUCUCACCGACCCCGAUCGUGGAUGUGAAUGAAAAUUUAUGCAUUGGUGGAUUUUGCUGUCGAUUCGAGCCAUCGGCCCGUUUUAUUUUUCCAACCCAGUCCAGAGAGACAGGUAGCCAACUGCUGUGCCAUCCUACUGUGAAAAAACAAAAACAACCGAAAGCGGGAUUAAGUAAUGAAUAUUUAGGCUCGUUCAGUGAAAUGCGGUUCAUGCAUUCAUUGAUCCCGAAGGUAAACAAAUAGAAAAGCUGUUCCGAAAGCAGUUUGGUGACGGGGGAAAAUUUGAAGAAAUUUCCACAAUUGCAAAAGUGUGCUGUCCGGUCAAAAGCCGCACGACCAGUGAAAAAUUUAUGGUAAUUCAUAACCAGGGGGCAGAGCAUGCAGUGAAAAUCUGAUGUUGAAUUAUUGAUUACGUCACGAGUAUAAUAGCAUUUUCUGCUCCGAGCCGGAAAUCAGUGGCCGGAAACUCAGCCGAACGCGGGAUCACAUUGUCAGAUCCGGUCAACCGGGCUGAUUGUUUGUGCGUUUUGCGUGUAUAUGCGAGAGUUUGCCUGCACCAAUCCAUUUUUUUGCGGGUGUGCUACCCUAUUGCGCAAAUUGGUGCAUCGGCGAUUAAAAUAAUAAGUGCAUUGUUGCAAGUUGGCGAGAAAAAUCGAAUCAAGUGAAAUUUGUGCCAGUGAAUGUAAAUAUGAUACGCGAUUAUUGAGUCAAAUUAAAAUUAAUUAAUUGUGUGAAUGUAGCUGUAAGUAAGUGUGUGUUGCAAAUUGCGAAAAAAAUACGCUGAAUUGCAGCGAGGAAGAAGCUAACGUAGCAGGAAAUCGAAAUGCAGCGCUUUUAAUUGAUAUAGUGUAUCGGUGUGCAAUCGGACGGUUUUGGAUCGGGUUACGAAUCCGAUUUUAAUUGAUUCCGGCGAAUCACGUAAAACAGAAAAUAAAAAGGCGACCAGUCAACGUAAGCAACGAAAAAAAACAGAACCAUCCUUCGUUCCCUGUAAACCCUUCGCUGCCCGUACGUUUCACGACCAUAUGCAACGAUGGAUUUCCGGACUGGAAUUGUAACGAUCAUUUACGCGCUCGCGAUACUGGCGAUGGUGGCGAUCGUGGCGGCUGUAGCAGACGAAAACCUGGACACCCGGGAAGGCGAAACACUGACGCUCAAGUGUCGCUUCAGCGAGCAGCAACCGUCGAACGAUUUCACCUACUACUGGGCCCGCUGGACGACGGCCAACAAGUUCGACAAUGUGGCCAUAAACAACGUGCAGCUCAAUACCAACUACAGAAUUGACUUUCGACCCGAAAAGGGUGUCUACGAUUUGCACAUCACCAAUACGUCCUACAGCCGAGAUAAUGGCCGUUUUGAAUGUCGGAUCAAGGCCAGCGGAACCGGUGCCGACGUGCACCAGGAGUACUACAACUUAACUGUGCUCACGCCACCACAGUCGCCCCUGGUGGCACCCGGGACGAUAGCUGUUGCAACCGAGGAUAAAAAGUUAGACCUGACCUGCAGCAGCAUAGGAGGCUCACCGGAUCCGACGAUAAUGUGGUACCGCGUUGGAUCCAAUACACCCCUGCAAGCUCCGAUCAACCGAGGUGGUUCGAAGGAUCUGCAAACGACGAGCACCCUGUCGGUAUUGCCCCGUCGGGAGGACGAUGCGGCCAAAUACCGAUGCGUGGUGUGGAACCGAGCUAUGCCCGAAGGACACCGGCUGGAGACGAUCGUCACGCUGUCAGUUAACUAUUACCCCAGAGUGAAAAUUGGACCGGAAAAUCCACUGCGAGUGGAGCGUGACACUACUGCCAAGAUGGAGUGUUCGGUCGAUGCGAAACCGAACGUCCCGAAUGUCCGAUGGACACGAAAUGGACGUUUCAUUAGUUCAUCACGAUCGCACGCUAUUCAGCGGGUGUCCAUCCAAGAUGCCGGGGAGUAUGGUUGUUCCGCCGAUAACGGUUUGGGAAAGGUAGGUGAGCAGUUGAUCACGCUGGACGUCCUGUACGCACCGGUUGUUGUUAUUGAGUCCAAGACCUGGGAAGCGGAAGAACGGGAAACCGUCACGAUAAGAUGUAAUGUGACAUCUAAUCCACCGCCAAUUUCCAUCGAGUGGUUCAAAGAGGGCAGCCCCGACUUUCGCUAUGCUGGCGAUAUUCUGCAGCUUCGUGAGGUUAAAGCGGAGCAUGCCGGAACGUAUGUGUGUCGAGCCGUCAAUAUGAUUAAACCGUAUGGUGGUAAGAUGGUUGAGCGGAUCGGAAACUCCACAGUAGCUUUACUCGUACGUCAUAGGCCUGGUCAGGCUUACAUCAACCCAAGCAAACCGGUUGUACACGUCGGCAAUGGAGUCACUUUAACAUGUUCGGCAAAUCCUCCCGGAUGGCCAGUUCCCCAAUUUCGUUGGUUUAAGGAUGCUUCCGGCGAGGUAUCCUCGAACACAAUCCUAGCACAAGGACCGCAGUAUGUGAUACCGAGAGCACAUCUCGGAAGUGAAGGUAGCUAUCACUGUCACGCAGUCAACGAGCUGGGUCAUGGACCCAUGGCAACAAUAAAGUUAGAAGUACAUCAACCUCCGCAGUUUAUAGGGAAAAUGCAACAACAUAUGACCAAGCGGGUUGGCGAUACCGAUUUUUCAGCAAGUUGUCAUGCCAAAGGAAAACCACGACCUACUGUGCGAUGGUUGAAGGACGGCCGUGACAUAACUACAGAUGCCAACAUGUAUCGUAUCAGCACCAGCAACAACGAUGGCCUUAGCGGAAUGGUCACCGUCCAAAGUAUGCUCGUAUUCCAGGGCAAAGCACGGCCUCACAAAACGCAACUGCUGCCCAGCGAUCGAGGUAUGUACACCUGUCUGUUUGAAAAUGAAGUAAGUACUGCGAAUGCUAGUAUGCAUCUUCGCAUCGAACACGGCCCAAUUGUGCUUCAUCAGUACAACAAGGUAGCCUUCGAAAUCAAAGAAACUGCUGAAGUGCUUUGCCGAGUGCAAGCUUACCCGAAACCGGAGUUUCAGUGGCACUUUGGAACCAACACAGCCGCUCUGUCCAUGUCAUCCGAUGGUCACUACGAGAUCAAUACUACCACCGAUAACAAUGAUAUCUACACCAGCGUAUUAAGGAUCAACAACCUGAAACAUCAGGACUACGGAGAUUACACCUGUAGAGUUGGGAACUCGAUCGAAACAAUUCGCGCACAAAUCCGUCUGCAACCGAAGGGACCACCUGAGAAGCCAACCAACCUCCACGCAGCAGAUGUCGGAUCGAAUUAUGUGUCAUUAGUCUGGGAUCCGGGAUUCGAUGGUGGCAUUAGUAACACAAAAUUCUAUGUCUCCUAUCGCAAAGUGGCAAUUCCUCAUCACGAUCAGAUGAACGGUGAUUGCGGCAUUAUCCAACAUAUCAGUUCCGAAUGGAUGGAGUUUGACUGUCAGCGCGAUGUUCCGUGCAGUGUAACCCCACUGGAUCAACACCAGAGCUACGUAUUCAAGGUGAAAGCUUUUAAUGCCAAAGGAAACUCGGAACCAUCAAAUGAAAUUGCUACCACGACUAAGGUGAGCAAGGUUCCAAUACCACUGCACGUAGGAUUCGAUCCGGAAACGAGGCAGCUAGGAGUGAAUGUUGGAGCAACUUGUUUGUCCUUGAUAGCGAUAGUCGAAUCGAUUGGGUACCACGAUAACCCGAUAUCUACGUGGCAAGUAGUGCAAACGAUCACUCUUGCGGUUUCCGGUAGCAAGCCCACGUACAAGGAAGAAGUACUGGACAAUAUGAUUUCGGCGAGGAGAAGCAGCGCCCGUUCGCUUGGUGACGAUGAUUUGCCGAUGGCGUUGGAGGAGGAAAUUCCACCGCGAGUCAGGGUGAAGCUAUGUCUUAAGUCUAACCAUGAGCACUGCGGAGAGUAUGUUGAUGCUGAAAUUGGUCCUGCGUACGUUCACGAUUCGGCAUUCAUGGCAACGCCUACGCUGAUUGCUAUUGUGGUAUCUUGUGUAGUAUUUGCACUUUUCGUAGGACUUUUACUAAUGUUCUGUCGGUGCAAGAGAAACAGUAUUAAAAAAUCAUCUACGGCUAAGGACUACGAAAUGGAUUCGGUGCGGCCUUCCAUCGUGGCUCAGCAAAGUCAGGCCCCACCACCAUACUAUCCGACGACCGGACUUGACAACAAAGCAUUAGAACAUUCAAUGGAUUUAGCGCUGGCGAUGGAAGAUCAGAAAACAUCUGUCUACGCGACUCAAAACGGUUAUGGCUAUCAUUCCGGGACCAGUCAUCAAGUACCGAGCCACACCAUCGUCGGUCAAGAAUGGGUCACAAUGGGUUACGCAGAGAACAGCUACACCAACUCGAACAAUGGAGGCAGCGUCAAUUCGCAGGAUUCAAUCUGGCAGCUAAAGAUGUCAGCAGCACAGGCGGCGGCAGCGGCCAGCACGGGUACACUGAUGUCCGCACAGCACUACGCCGAACGACAACAGCCGGUACCCGCUACUAGCACUGCCGGAAUGUCCUACGGGUACGAUCCGUUAGCGCACGCCAGUUACGGCACGGCUGAGGAUUACGCCAGCUAUCCCCACCUGGCGACAACGCCUAGUCAACACGGGCCCGACGACGAGUACCAGCACACGUUGCGCCAGAGUCAGAAUCCCUCGCGGCAGGAGUACUGCGGCGAUUCCUACGCAUCUGUACAUAAGCCGAAGAAGCGACUAGAUCAACCUCAUUUAGAUUCGUCAUCCUAUCACGACGUUAGCGGACUGCCCGAUCCGUACCUGGAACAUCACCAGCUUCAUUCCCACCAGCACCAGGACCAGGAGGACAGUAAAUCUCUACUCCAGCAACAGCAGCUUCAAGCGCAACAGCAGCAGCAGCAGCAAAUGUCCCUGAACUAUGACGAAAGUCUGGAGAGUGGCUACUCGACGCCCAACUCCCGGAAUCGACGUGUGAUACGAGAAAUAAUUGUCUGAGAGCAGCCUAGGGUACGUUUCGCCAACGGAACGUGCCUGUGAAUCGACAAGUCCACCUAUUCUUUCUAGAAUGUCCCGAAAGCGGCUCUCUAUUUGCAGUAGUGAAAACAUACGAAAAUCCCGUACUUAGGCAAAAGUAUAAGAAAGCGUAAAUCUUAGCAAAAAUGUCCAAAUUCUCAAAUCAGUCGACGGCGCGUUUUGGUGCGUUUUGUCGGAAACGAUGGGAGGCAUCAUAAUCUAGAGGAGGACUGUUACCUAUUAAUCCGAACAGUUAUUAUUUAUUGUUUUAUAAGUAGUAUGGUUCGUAUAAAUGUUCAAAGCAGGAAGCGACGAAUUUCAGAAAAAAACUAUGACACAUUACUAUACAGGGUGUUUGGUUCGUGAUUAAGAAUCUCUCGAGGGGUGAUUUCCUGUCAUAUUUGGAGAAAAAAUCGUUCUACACAUACCAUCAAAUGCCAACCGUUACAGAGUUAUUGAACUUUUUGUGUAAAAAACUUAUUUAUCUUAAAAUACCUCUAACUCGAAAAGUAUACUUCGUAUUUUAAAUCUUUUAGUUCCAUUGAAAAUGUGAGAAAAUUUUCUAUUGAAUGGUGUUCUCAUAUGUUUCAGUUAAUUAUUUUAAUAACCUUUUAGUUGUAAAGUAGUUCAAAGUUGAUGUUUUUGAUGAGGUUUUUGUUAUUUUACUCAAAAUAAUGAAUUAUGAUUAUAGAAAUAUCUAUUAUCCAAAAGAUGGGCUUGAGGACGAUUAUUAAGUUGUUCUUCAACAUGAUAUUCCUAUCUCUUCUCGUUUCCUUGUAAUUUCACUUCUAAAUUUUUCCUGUAAUCGACCUGCAAGUGUUUAAAAGACUUUAAUCUAAAAAAUAUGCUUUAUAUCGUUAUUACCAGGGCUUCAUUGGAAAGUUGAGAAAAUUUCCUUUCGAUGUAUGUACAGAUAUCUUUUAGUUAAGUGUACUAAAUGACUUUUUACUAGUAAAAUAACUCAAAAUUAGCGUUUUUUGGAGAGUUUUGUAAUUAUUCUAAUUAUUAAUCAUCUAAAUUUAUCAUCACUAUUCUUCAUUUGGUGCCCCUUAAUGUUCUCUACAACUUGUUAUUUGACACUUUAUCCCUAUCGCUUUUUAUUUUGCUGCAAUUUAACUUGUUAACACAGCAUGACUUCAUCCCAAAUGUAGUGAAAUCGUUGUUUUUGCAUAUGAAACGAGGUGAUAAAAAUGAUUUUGCUUCGAAACUAAAAGAGAUAAUUGAAUGAAGCCAAAAAAAGAAUUGUAGACCUUGUUGAGAUGCAUUAAUUCCAUGAUAAUAAUGGUGCUGUUUCUUAUUUGCCAUUUUAAGAAAACAUCGAAAAUGCUAAUAAUAACACUAAUUUUAAUUUUUUUUUUUUUGAAUUUUUAACUUCUAAAAGAAUACUAAAUUCACUUAACUGAAAGGUAUUUAUACCUUUUUCUAUGCAAAAUUUUCAUGGCUUUCGAAUAAAAAUAAGAAAAGGUACAAUAAGUGGCAUACUUUUUCAAUAAGAGCUAGUUUAAGUGAAUAUGAGAUAAAAAUAUCCAAGUUCAAUAACCCAAACACAUGAAAACAAGAAAAGAUAAGUGUAUCAUGUCAAGGAACCAAUUAUGCAACUCUUCAAGACUAAAAAAAUGAAUUAUUUAAAUGGUGAUGUUAACUAUUAAGAUUUUCGCGAAAUGAACGAAAAAUCGAUCAAAAUUGUUAAAUUUCAAAUAAAUUACUGUGAAAGGGUUACUUAACCUCAUUAGCUGAAACAUUUGAGGACAUUUUCAAUGAAAAAUUUUCUCACCUAUCCAAUGGCUCCAAAAAAUUUAAAAUACAAAGUAUAUUUUUUGAGUUAGAGCUAUUUUAAGACAACUAAAUUUUUAACACAAAAAAAUCAAUAAUUUAGUAACGGUUGAGAUUUGAAGGUAUGUGUAGAACGAUUUUUUUCUCCAAAUAUGACAUUCAAUCAUCCCUCGAGAGAUUCUUAACCAUGAAUCAAACACCCUGUAUAAGCUUGAAAAAUUCGAAGGAUAUGCUUUUAUUCGAAUUGUUCCAAUUUCCUUUUGUUUUUCCUUCAAACAUCGUCCAUUGAUCAAUAACACUGCCUAGUAAUUGCGAAAUUGUGAACAUAAAACCAAACCAAUUUCAGCAUGGUGGCGAAUAAAAAUCAACAUGGCUUGCACCGAUGCAGACGCAGUAUAUUUUUUAUUUUGUUUCACUGGCGGCAUCCACAGUAUGGUAGAAACCAUUCAUAUAAACCAGCACCGAUUGUAUAUGAAAAUAAUGAUGGAAAACUCCCUCAAUGAUGCAGUCCAUUGGCCACAAAACCUGCCAGGCCUGCGCCGGAUAUUGCGAGAAUAUGUAGUGUUUCAUGCGUUUAUAAUUUAAAUUACAUUGUAUUAUUAUACAUAAAGAUACGUGCCCUUAAACGGAAUACAUUUCGAUUGUGUAUUAUGGGUGAAAGAGAAACAGUUUGUGGAGUGAAUGGGAUACAGAUAAUACGAAACGAAAAUCAGCGUAUUGCAGAAAAACGUGCAUGUGUGCAUGCGAGGAAGAAAUAUUUUAUAUUGUACAACCGAUGUUAUUAACAUUUGCACAAACCAUAAAAAUCACAGUCACAGUAAAUAAAAACAAACACGUAAAUACCUAUAGUUACAUCAAUUUUCGUGAGCUACGAUUAACUUUAUACACACCGAUUAAGCAGAACAUUAUUUUUAAACUAAACAAGUGAUUGUUUACUAAGCAGAGUAACUGUGUAUCAAAAUCGAAUUUAUCUAGAGUCAAGCGAGAGCAAAUUUAGUGCAAGUGAAACUCGAUGACUAAAUGACAUAGCCGUGUUUUAUCUCGAGAAAUUAUUUUAAACCUGUUUAUACCUAAGUAUUACAAAAAAAACGCAAAACAAGAAGCAUCUCUGUUUCUCUGUAAAUGUAAAUCGUCGUGUGUGUGAUAAAACCAAAAAAUAAACUUUGAAAAACUACUAUGAUAGGUUUGUGAUUUGGCAGCACUGCCGUUAGAACAACCUCUCGGAAGCCGAAUGAUGUCAAUAAGCUGCACCUUUCUGUUCGCCUACUGCAAAUAUUCAUUUCUGUACAGUAGUUGUUGCAUAUAACAAUUAAAAUACUCACUUGUGUACAAAUGGCUUACGUGCAAAUACAUUUAAACAGAAAACAAAAUGCGGGCGAAGAUUGUGUUUAUUUAAGUACCGAUCGAUUACAGUUAAAAAAUUCAAUGUAUAUGUGUUUUAGUUUGUUAUAAGUGUCAAUUAGUUAUUCUUUUAUUUACAAAAAACACUCGCCAUUCAAAGGUGACUUAUGAAACCGAGUACAGCAUUUUGGAUCUACUCGGACUAUUCAAACAAAUCUACCCACAACUGUCAUUAUUGAAAUUUGACCGCUGUAAGUGUAAUUACCCUAGCUAGAUCUUAUCGGUUAGGCGCACAUUCUCGCUUUCUCCUAUUCGCUCUCCCACGGAAAGUGUUACUUUAAUUGGAGCGUUACGAGACAUGUGUCGUUAUGCAAACAUGGUUUGCGCACCGGGAAGGGAUCCAACACUGUGGUAACCGUUUCACUGCCCUCUCUUGUAGAAAUCGGUAACGUGGAACUAUGGCAAGAUUUUGUUUGGUAGCAGUGCGAACCGGGUUCCUUAGUAUAAUAGACAAAAAUUCAACGAAUGUGGAGCCCAAUCGCUUCAUAAUCACUAUUAAAUAAGGUUGGCCUAGUUUAAACUAACUUUUUAUGUUUCACUUUGUUAUUAAUGUAUGAUCUCGCACAAAUCUUGUUUAGAUCGCUUUUCCGUACUAGGAGACAGAGGAAGUUAUUUUGAAAAUCUUCCACUAUUUUUAAAAAGUGAGCGCAUUUAAAACUCAAUUCCUUUGCAAAACUAAGCAGAACAAACUAUUAAUGUAGAUGAGAAAUCCCUGUUUUAGAUAGAUAGCCAUCGUACUAUUAUUUGCGAAGCCUUAUCAGAAUGAAACAAAACAAAAAACGCAGGCUUUUAAAAACAAGAAACAGAAAUCUGUGCAGUUAGAUGAUAAGCGUCACUUUAUGUAAAAAUAAGCAAGAAGCUACUCUGUAGCUUUAAGGAUACUUUAAUUCUAACUAAAGAUUGAAUCUUGAAGUUUAAUUAAACCAAGAGAGAGAGACAAAGCAUGUGUAAAUAUACAGUUUAAGUUUAGAGCAUCCCAGCCUGACGAUGCAGCAUUACUAAUUACAAAACAGUGAAGGUGCCGGCGUGAGAAAAAUCGCAUUUCUGCUUUUUAUCCCAGGAGAGGAAAAAGCAGCCUUACCCAACGGCGGCGGCGAGCGGGUACAUUAUUUUCCAUAUGGCAUUAAAAGAAGCUGUACUGGCGAGGAAAAGUUAAUUAAUACCGCCGGCGAAAGAAAAACUAUCUCCUACCCGUCCCGCUUUCCCCAGUGGGUGGGUGGCUUUUUCUUCUCCGGAUUGUAAACUGCGGAAAAUCAAGUCGCAAGAAAAAAAAGUGAAGUCGUGUACACGAUAUGCAGAACUUUUAACUGAUUAGGAAACAUAUGUACGCUAUUAUAUGAUGAACACACUGGAAGAUGAAGAGAAACUAUG